AAGUAGAAACGAAAGGAAGUGGAAACGAAAGAAAUAGAAACGAAAAGUGGAGAAAGAAGAAAAAAAAGAAAAGGGAAAAGAAAAAAAAAGAUAAGGAAAAAGAAAGUGUAAAAAACGGGUAG